CUCCAAUCAAGCCAGCCUGUCACACCUGUCUCCCAUUGACUCACCAGCCCUUAUCUACACCAGCACCACAGUCACUGCUUGUUGGACCAUAACCUACGCACAUACUGGACUCAUUCCUUCUCCUUUCCGGGUUCCCUGGUUCCCGUCCCUCCAGCAGUCUCUUCAUACUUGGAAAGGUGCCUUGUCUGCAGCUAAAGCUUCAUUUCAGCACAACAAAGGUCAGGAAACAUUUUACUCAGAAGUGAUGUGGUCUCGAAUAAAGAAGCUUUUUGCUGCUGAACCUGCUCCCAGCAAAAAACCAGAAGUUCUCAGUGAACCAUGGAGGGAAAUAAAUUGGGGAAACAAUGGGGAUGAUCUGGAGUUUGUAAAGAACUACGAACCUUCGACUGAAGGACAGGUGGUCAGGAUUUUCCUUCAUGGACCCCCUGGAGCUGGAAAGUCCAGCUUUAUUAAUUCUGUCCAAAGUGUCCUACAUGGCAGAAUUUACAGACAAGCCUUAGCAAAUAACACCAAUGAUGGUUGUUUCACAAAAAAGCACACAACCUACAAAAUCCAGAAGGAUAAUGAGACAUAUCCUUUUGUCUUCCAUGACAUCAUGGGCCUGCACAUAUCAACAGGUGUCCUGGUGGAGGACAUCAGACUGGCUUUAAAGGGACAUGUGAAGGAAGGUUACCGGUUCAAUCCUGAAUCUUCCUUGUCAGAAGAUGAUCAAUACUACAAUAAAUCACCAAAACUCAACGACACAGUGCACGUCCUGGUUUGUGUCAUUCCAGCAGACACAUUAGCUAUCAUGUAUGACGAAGUCAUAAAGAAGAUCAAGAGUGUGAGAAAAGAUGCCAGUAUGCUGGACAUGCCUCAAGUCGCCAUUCUCACUAAAAUUGAUUUGAUCUGUCCUGAAAUGAAGGAAGAUAUAAAGAAUGUCUACAAGGUCCUUGAUCUGAAGGAAAAGAUGGAGAAGUUCAGUGCUGCUGUGGGUAUUCCAAUGAACUGCAUCUUCCCUGUGAAGAACUAUCAUGAAGAAAUUGAUAUGAAUGAAGACAUGGACUCUCUGAUCCUCAGUGCCAUGAAAAACAUCCUUGACUGUGGCAACGACUUCUAUAAGACCCACUUUCAGUCUGAAUCUUCCUAAAGUUGAUUUGUAUACACAGCAACAGUGUUCAUGAUAUCAGAUUCAUCAUCUGUGAUUUUUAACCAGAUUUUAAAAACAGUUUUGUACACGAGGUUAGCAUUUUAAUCCUCCCAAUCUUCUCAAACAAGACUUUCCUCUCAUUCACGAUAUUAGAGACAAGAAAAAUGUGAGUUUUUCAUGCGGGAUAAUACAUGGUUUCCUCUGUAGAAUAAACUGUGCUGUAGACAUGUAUGUAUUUAGACAUUUAUAACUCUUUUUUAUAUAAGCUGAUGGGGUUUUAUUAUUUGUGUCACCUUCUUAAAAUAUACAAAACAUUUUUGCUUGAAAAUGAAAAACCUUUGCUUUUUAUUCUCUGACUCUGUACACAUUAUCAUGUAUUCUUAGUCAAUAAAUGAAAGAAGUUUUGUCCAAAUAAAUCUCCUUUUGAACCUAAAGCUCAAUGGGAAUAUUUUUAACAUAUUCAGCAUUUCUCAUUUUAAAAGUGUAAAUAUGUGCAAACA